AUGUUUGAUGCUGAGAUACAUGAUAUUUGUACCGAUCCUUCACAAUUAAAAGAAAAUUCCCUAUUUUUAAUCACAGGCGAAGGUUGCCAUAAAAUUGUACCAUAUGAAAACCAUAUGCUGCAGGCAGCUAUAUUAAAUCGAACUGGAUUCAUUUUAUGGGAUUCGGAAAACUGGCCGAAGUAUGAGGAUAGUAGAGAAUCGUAUCGUUACAUCUCUGUUAAACACUACCGUAAAUCUUGUGCUCUAAUUUGUUCAAACUUUUAUGGACAACCAUCCAAGAAUUUGCUAAUGAUCGGUGUCACAGGAACCAAUGGAAAAACGUCAACUACUCUGAUAAUAGAACGAAUAUUGGAAUUCUCGAAACUCUACCGGCCACUUCUUAUUGGAACACUCUGUACUCGAUGCUGUGGCGUCACGAUACAACCAUCCUAUACAACACCGUAUUGUGACAUAAUACAAAAGUUAUUACGUACAGCAAUUGAUAAAUAUCACGCAGAUUCUGCGGUGAUGGAAAUUUCUUCACGCGGCCUCGAGCAAGAGCGUGUCGGAGGUAUUUCAUUUGAUGUUAGUAUUUAUACAAAUCUGACACAUGAUCAUCUAAGCUAUCAUACCACUUUCGAUGAAUACAAACGGACUAAAACGACUUUGUUCGAAGAUUUGACUAAAUCCUUUGCUAUUAUCAAUCGUGAUGAUGAUUAUGCACAACAUUUUAUUGACAAAACAAAGAAGACCGCAAGAGUGAUGACAUAUGCGAUUGCUCGAAAUCAUGACACAGACAUCUACGCAAGUAACAUUCAACUAAGUAUCCAUGGUUUGAACUUUGACAUAAAUAUUCCAGCUACAAAUAUAACGGAACAUAUUCAUAUUCCAUCUCUGAUCGGAAAAACCAAUGUUUAUAAUUCGUUAGCUGCAUUAGCAUGUGCACAUUUGGCACUUAACAUUCCAUUGGAUCUAUGUAAGGAUGCUCUAGUAACCAUGCCUCCAAUUCCAGGCCGUCUUGAGUUUAUUACCAUGCCACAUGACCCGAUUACAGUGAUUAUCGAUUCUGCACAUACCCCAGAUGGCUUCAAAGAAAUACUCAGUACAGUCAGAGACUGCAUACUGAGUAAGAGUUUGCUCUGUUUAUUUGGUUGUCGGGGUGAUGUAGAUCAAGCAAAUCGUUCAAUUAAAGCUGCAAUUGUUCGCCAACUAUCAGAUAAAGCGAUCGUUACAACUGAUACUGCAGCAUCCGAAGAUCCCAAACAAAUUAUUCAGGAUAUUUUGGCAGGAUUUUCUUCAACAUCGAACAGUGAUGAUAAUAUCAUCAUUGAAAUUGAUCGAAGAAAAGCAAUCGAGAAAGCAAUUUUGUCCGUUAUGCAAGAUGGUGAUACAUUAGUUAUAUUAGGUAAAAGACACGAUAUCAAUCGAAUGCUUCAAAACCGAAUUAUUGAUUUUGAUGAUCGCAUAGUUGUCAGAGAAUGUAUUCAACAACGUAUUCAGCGUAAUUCGUAG